UCCAGAAGUUUGUCUUUACCUGGAAAGACAGGUUGUUCUCCCUCCAGACUAGUCGUGAUUAAAACUGAGUCGUGGCAGAGAGAAAAAUAACUGCGCCAUGAAGACCGCGCUGUUUCUGGCCCUGCUGGCGGGCACACUGUUGUCCACUAGCGGGGAAGGCAAACUGAAGGCCACCAGGGCCAAACUGCACACCUUACGGGAGAAGGUGAGCCUUCUGGGAGAGAUCUUGGAGCGCACCGAGCGGGUUGCCGACAUGGCUGCGCGGCAGGUGGGGUCGGGAGACGGCGACAGCGGAGAGAGCGAAGAGAGCGGGGAAGACGACGGGAUAGGAGGACCACUGGCGGAAAUGCUGGAGAGGUUCUUCUACGGGUUCGUGGGUAUGCUGGAGAGCAUGAUCAAGGGAGAAAACUUCCAAACGAAGGUCUCUUCCCUGUCCGACCUGUUGGCUGGUCUGCCGAGGAACUACAGUAAAGUGACCCACAACUCUGAGCAGCAAGGCAACACCACCAUCAACACGACCACUACCGUGGAGAAGUCCCAGGGUAAGGACGGGAGCUUCAGCUUCGGGCACGUGAAGACCGUCGUGGACGGGCCCGACGAAAAGUCUUUCUCCAGCAUCGUCCAACAGAUGUUUCAGAGCGCGUCAGGUGCCAGUGGUGGUGACAGCACCGCCGAUGAGAACACCGCUACUGACAAACCACCCAGCGCCUCUGCGACUCCGAAAGCUGAGGCCACCCCCACCCCUCAGGCUGAGGCCACCCCGACUCCAAAAGCUGAGCCCACCCCCACCCCACAGGCUGAGGCCACCCCCACCCCGAAGGCUGGGGACGAGGGCGCCAAAUCGGUCCGUAAUCUCCAACUCUUGGAAAUUCUGGAGCUUCUGCGCAACGCCAAGACCGAAGGAGAUAACUAGCUAAUGUUCAGAAGUAGCCACCACUGAUUAACAAGGAAAACCACUGAUUUGUUGCCCUACCGUUAAGAUGCUGAUCGUGGAUUUCGAAGAGUUGGUUUUAAGAUGAGGUGCAAAGAAACGAAAGAUCUGUUACCUCUAGACAGUCAAUUGCAAUAGCACUGGGUUGGCUAGCUCACUUCUUAUUGAUGACAGAGACGGACAGACCCCACUCUAGACAGACCCAUAAGGUCGUAAAUACAGUGUAAGGUUGCAUGUGAGUGGGUGUCAGUAAUAAUAGGGAUUGAUAACUUUUUCUUACGUCUUUUUACUUUUUUUUUACAAUUGAUAACUUUUUCUUACGCCUAUGGAGUAGAUGAUGAUACAUUACGGCACGUGCAGUUAGAACUUCCGCUCGAGCUUUUUUUCACCUUAGCAUUUCUUGUGAGACAAUCUGUUAUCCAUUCCUAGACCUACGUCAUGUUGCUGUAUAAUUUCCUUCUCAAGACAACGAAGUAUAGAAUAGAAUACAGUAAUCUUCAGGUAAUGAAAGGAUGUUGUCAAUAGCAAUUACUAGUGUACUCUCUGAUGUAGGGUUCUUAAGGAUUCUAGUAUCUGUAUGUAUGGAAUCUAUAUUCAGGAAAGUUCAAUACUAUCUACAAACCUAUCGAAUAUAAUUAUUGUACGAGCCGAGGAGCUGUGUGUAACACACUGUGUGUAACACAGGCGAUGAAAGGAUGUUGUUAAUGGUAAUUAUGUUCUGUAAUGAUUGGGAAUUCUAGUAUCUGUACUUAUGGAAUCUAUAUUCAGGAAAAUUCAAUACUUUCUACAAACCUUUUCGAAUAUAGUUGCUGUAUGAGCCGAGUAACUGUGUGUAACACGCAUGUUUCUUCAUCCUGUAAACAACUGGUUAGUACCUUCAGGCAACCCAGACUGAUUCGCAAGGGAGCUCAAGUAUAACAUCUUGGCAAGUGUCAUACCUGUUGCCAUACAUUGUACCUUGUGCGAUUGUCAAGCAAUAAAAUUAAUUCCUUCUAUA